AUGGCCCUGCUCCUUGGCUCUCUGCUGAUCCUGCUGGGGCCGCGGCUGGCCAUGCCUUUCAACAUCUCCGGGUUCCAGGCCUGCUCGAGCUUGCCGGUGCUCGGGGUGCUGCCCGGAGGCGGCUGGGACAACCUUCGCAACCUGGAGCUGGGGCUGGUCUUGAGGCGCAACUACUCCCUGUGCCGCGUCACCGAGGACCGGGAGUACUUGAUUCCGGACCAGGUGCAUGUGGUGCCCCGCCGGGAGAGCAUGCUGGAGACCCACUCGGAGAUCAUCCGCGACUGGCGCACCUAUACCGACGCCUUCUCCCUCACCAUCAACGCGGAGGCCUCCUUCCUGUCCAUCCUCAACGGCAAAUUCUCGGCCUCCAGCCAGCGGAGCAAGGUGCACUCCGUGUACGACCAGACGAUCACCACCCGGGUGCAGGCCCGCCAGCACAUCUACUCGCUGGCAGCGCAGCCGCCCUGGGUCUUGGCGGAGGCCUUCCGGCAGCAGCUGCUGCACAUCAGCGAGCACCUGGAGAACAACCGCAGCCAGCAGGCCAGCUACCAGGCCGAGCUCUUGGUGCUGGCCUACGGCACCCACGUCCUCACCGAGGUGGAGGCCGGGGCCAGCCUGAUGCAGGAGGACCAGGUGAAGCGUGCCCUCCUGGACGAAAAUUCCACCAAGAAGGUGGGCAUCGCCGCUUCCGCCUCGGCCAUCUUCUUCAGCCGCAUCCAGCUGGGAGCCAACCUGACGGGGCAGGUCCGGAACCAACAGCAGUGGGAGUACGUGAAGAACACGGUGAGCUCCAAGAUCCAGAACCACGGCGGGGAGCCCUUUUACCCUGGCAUCACCCUCCAGAAAUGGCAGCAGAGCAUCCCCAACAGGCUGGUGGCCAUCGGCAGGUCAGGACUGCCCCUGCCCUUCUUCAUCACGCCCGAGGCCCUGCCGGAGCUCCAGGUGCCCUCCGUGAGGCGGCUGGCUCUGACGGUGCAGAAAGCCAUCCAGCAGUACUACGCAGUCAACACCUACCCCGGCUGCUUGCAGCCCAAAGCCUCCAACUUCAACUUCCAGGCCAACGUGGACGACGGCUCUUGCGAGAAAGCGAAGCACCACUUCACCUUCGGGGGCGUCUUCCAGAAGUGCCAGGCAGUGUCUGGGAAGGGCGCGGAGACGCUCUGCCAACCCUACCGUACCGCGAACCCCCUUACCGGGGCCGCCUCCUGCCCCAAGAACUACUCGGCGCUGCUCUUGAACAGCGAGCUGCGAAGCAGCAACGUGCCGCAGAUGGAGUGUCGGAAGCAGUGCAGCUCCUGCUACUGGCUCUUCCAGUGUUGCAAGACCGUGUGUGGCAAUCGCGAGCACCCCAGUGUGGUGAGCUUGUCUGCCUACUGGUGCUCGCCCGCCGGGAGCCCUGCGCUCUCCAAGCCCGGCUUCCUCUUCGGGGGACUGUACACCAACACGCAGAGGAACCCACUUACCAAGGCUCAGACGUGCCCCCACUUCUUCUACCCCCUGGUGCUCUUUGAGGACCUGAAAGUAUGUGUCAGCGGCAACCACGAGAUGGGCAAAUCCUCGGCCAUUCCCUUUGGAGGCUUCUUCAGCUGCCGCGUGGGCAACCCUCUGGCUGGCUUCCUGCAGGGCCAGAGCCCGGGGAUGCUGAAGGAGGUCUUUUAUCGGGACAGCCCCACGGUCUACCCCAUGAAAUGCCCCCCUGGCUACAGCCAGCACCAAGCCUAUCUCAGUGAAGGCUGCCAGAUCCUCUACUGCCUCCAGGCCGGCGCUCUAUUUGCCCAGCAGCUGGUCCCCAUUCAUCUGCCUCCCUUUAUCCGGCCGCCUCUGCUAAAUGAAAGCUACACCGACGUCGACGCCUUAGUGGAUUCAGAUGCCAACCAGAUCUCGAACCUUGACGACGCCACUAAAAAGGCUUUGAAGGGCUCUGGAGGGGACCAGGAGCACUCGGGAUCCGGAACCUGGGUCACUGCUGGAGUCUGGUUGCCCCUAGUGAUUUCGCUGGUGAUUGUAGCUGGGGUGCUUGUCUUGAGUAUCAGAUGCUACAGAAAGAGGCAAUAUCUGAAACUGACAAAAAGACGUUUGGAUUCAGACCAAGAAAUGACUCUAGAAGAGCCCCCAGUCAAUACAGCAUGA